AUGGGCAAUGACUCUGCAUUCGUUGCCGCAGCGGCAACACAUGGUCCGCACCCAUCCCUUGCGUCAACUACGCAUGUCAUGCUGGGCAUUCCAGCCACCUACAGUGUACACUAUAGAGGGUUGCGCAAGACUUGCCGACGUACGCAAAGACCUCACGCGAACAUUGUUCUUUCUCCUACUUCCGUAUGGUAA